GGCAAGGGCAAGGAAGGCAAAGGCAAGGGUAAGGGCGACGGCAAGGGCAAGGACAAGGACGACGACGACUGCGACGACACCCCGAAGCAGUGCAGCAACAAGAACGGCAGGUGCAUGAGCCGCAGGCAGUCCUGCGCCGGCAACACGGACGACUCCGACUGCAGAGGCAACGACCAAACCUGCUGCAUGAAAUACCAGUGCAGCAACACCCCGAAGGAGUGCGAGAGAAACAACGGCAUCUGCAUCAACAGAAUGGACAACUGCGCUGGCAAGACGCAGAAUAAUCUCUGCGAGAACGAGCACUGCACUUGCUGCAAGAAGGACGAGUGCGGCAAGACGUCGUCCAAGUGCUCCAGCAAGAGAGGCAAAUGCAUCAACAUCAUGGACUACUGUGACGGGAAGACAGACAGCGAUCUCUGCGACGGCAACAACUGCACGUGCUGCUACGAUUCCAAAUAAGGCAUUGACUUGUCUUAUCUCAACCUCAUCCCUCUCUUCAGCCCCGACUGAGGCUCAAGUUUGAGGGAGAUCGCAACGCUUACCUACAGAUGAUCACAUGUGCAAUCUAUAAGGAUGUUCUUGCAAUACCUGUGAUCUGUGAGUCUCCACUUUCUGUAUUUAUGUCUGUUUCUGUCCGCACAGUUUUCUGAAUAAAGGAUAUGAAGCGAUA